UCCAUGAAUCCAGGGCAAGCACAGGCAUCACCAAACUCUUCCCCUCCGACGUAGAUCGACGUUGAUCCUGUGUUCCAGUAUUCUCCACCGUUCCAGCUUCUUCCUUCAGCUGCGAACCAUGGCCACCGAGUCUCAGACUGUUGAGCUCAAGGUCGCCAUGUCCUGCGGAGGCUGUUCGGGGGCUGUCAAAAGGGUCCUCACCAAAAUGCAAGGUGUGGAGACCUUCGACAUAGACAUGGAGCAACAGAAGGUGACCGUGAAAGGCAACGUCACACCUGAAGAUGUUUUCCAGACGGUUUCCAAGACGGGGAAGAAGACCUCCUUCUGGGAGGCCGAAGCCACUCCGGUGCAGGCUGCUGCUCCGGCAGCGGAGGCACCUGCCGCCGCGGCUGCAACCGAAGCACCUGCCGCCGCGGCUGCAACGGAAGCACAUGCCGCCGCGGCUGCGACGGAAGCUCCCCCAGCCAACACCGAUGCUUGAUGGGCACACAGAUGAUGCUGCGAUCUCUGACAUUUCCAAGAUAUUCUUGUCUGGAGAACGUGUCAUAUGGGGUUUGCACGAUGCUAAUUAAUUGUCGCCAGUCUAGUAGCUGACUUCAAAGUUCACACGUAUGGAAUAGAAUAAACCCAGCAUGUAUGCAUGAUUUCAAAAUGAACACGCCGAUCGCAUGGUUUACAAUGGA